GAGGGGCGGGGGGAGGGGGGCUGGGAAAGUUGAGGCCGUGCUGCCGCCGGGUCUCCGGCCUCGAGGGCUCGGGCUCGCUGCGGCGGCGGUGGCCGCGAGGAGAGGCGGCGGGGGCGGGGGGAGAGGAGGGCCCGGGCCCGCGCUCCCCCAGCCCCGCAGAAACAGGCGGCGGCUGUGGACCCAGAGGCUCGCCUAGACGGCCAGACACCGCUGCCUUCCGCUCCUGGGACCAUGACCCAGGCGGGGGUCGCCGCCGCCGUGGCCCGGAGCGCGUCACCGGCGGUAAGAAGAAAACAUAACCUAUAGAGACCAUCUUCUGGCAGAAGAUGAAAGAUUUGAAUCAGAAAGAGGUGUUGGAAGCCAGAAAUCUAAAGUGAAGAAACUCUGCGAGCCCCUGGAUUCCUAUUACUCUCACCAUGCCAGAAAUGACAGAGCAUGAGACGCCAACUAAAAAGCAGCACAGAAAGAAGAACCGAGAGACACACAAUGCAGUUGAGAGGCACAGAAAGAAGAAAAUCAAUGCUGGGAUAAACAGAAUAGGAGAACUGAUCCCGUGCUCCCCUGCUCUGAAACAGAGCAAGAACAUGAUCCUGGAGCAAGCCUUUAAGUACAUAACAGAACUGAAGCGGCAAAACGACGAGCUUCUGCUCAAUGGAGGGAGCAGUGAACAAGCUGAAGAAAUUAAAAAGCUACGGAAACAACUAGAAGAAAUCCAAAAAGAAAAUGGCCGAUAUAUUGAAUUAUUGAAAGCAAAUGACAUAUGCUUGUAUGAUGACCCCACAAUCCACUGGAAAGGAAAUCUGAAAACCUCAAAGGUGUCUGUUGUUAUUCCAAGUGACCAGGUCCAGAAAAACAUCAUCGUUUAUUCCAAUGGGAGCCAGCCUGGGGGAAACAGCCAGGGGACAGCUGUUCAGGGAAUAACCUUUAAUGUUGGUCACGGCUUGCAAAAGCAAACCGCCAACGUGGUGCCAGUGCAGAGGGCCUGCAAGCUUGUGACUCCUGUGUCUAUUUCUGGAGUUUACCCUUCUGAAAACAAGCCGUGGCAUCAGACUACAGUGUCUACGCUGGCUGCCAACCAGUCUGUUCCCCUUUGUCUUCCUGCUGCCAUUUCUGCUCAAAACAUUCUCGAACUUUCUACUUCUGAAAGCCAAUCAAGUGUGCUCGGUGCCACUGGUAGCUCGGUGGUCACUGUUUCAGUUGGCCCUGACCCUCACCAACAUCGUUCCUUGAAUACAUGCCUAAAUGAUCAAAAUGCUUCAGAAAAUAACAAUGCACAGGAGAGCCCCAAAUCAUCCAAGAAAACAGUCGCAUGUGUCUCAGGCACCUCCUCCAGCAAUCCAGCAGCUGUCCCCGAGGUGCGCCAUGAAACCAAGUCCAGCCCGAGCAUGCAAAGCUUCAGUGCAGAUUCGCAAAACAGCUUUGUGUCAGUUACCACCACAGUGUGCUCCCAGCCCCCCAGAUCUUCAGGUGGCUCUUCUCCAGUGAGUGGUAGCAAGACUGUAGACUCAACAAGUACAGCAGCAGCGGUGGUACCAGCCCACACUGCAGUAGCAAAGAGUACCCUCCCAGUGAGCAGUCUUUCUGCAAAUCCUUUGGAGGGUGGUUGGACUCUUUCUUGUUCUCUGCCUUCUUCAAGUGUCAGUACUUCAGAACUAAAAAACAUCAACAGCCUUACCCGAAUCUCUUCAGCCGGAAACACACAGACAACAUGGACUACGUUGCACCUGGCGGGAAACACUAUUCAGCCUUUAAGCCAACCACCAUCUUCUGUUGCGACUCCAGCAUUAAAUGAGUGUGGUACCAGCCCGACCCCAAGCAACAAGCAUGUGGCCACAAGCAUCACCCUUAAUAAUUCCCCUCCAGCAGAUGGGCAGCCAGUUGAGCAAGUAGUGGUCACUUUGCCUUCGUGCCCACCCUUACCUAUGCAACCACUAAUUGCCCAGCCACAAGUUAAAUCUCAGCCUCCCAAAAACAUCCUUCCCUUGAAUUCAGCAAUGCAAGUGAUUCAGAUGGCUCAGCCAGUUGGGUCAGGUGUCACUGCAGCUCCAGCUAACCAAAAUGUCAUCAUUCUUCAGCCACCCAGCACAACCCCAUGCCCAGCAAUGAUGAGGGCAGAGGUUUCCAAUCAAACAGUAGGUCAACAGAUUGUCAUCAUACAGGCGGCUAAUCAGAACCCAUUGCCACUCCUCUCUGCUCCCCAUCCAGGUCCUGUUCGACUGCCUGUCAAUGGAGCCAGUGCUAUAAUAGGGUCUCAUAAUUCAGUGCAAAAUGUGCCAGCCCCACAGACUUUUGGAGGAAAGCAUCUUGUCCACAUAUUACCAAGACCUUCAUCUCUAUCCACACCUAACUCAACACAGACUUUUUCUGUUACUAUGUCAAACCAACAGCAGCCUCAAACCAUUUCUUUAAACGGACAGCUCUUUGCUUUGCAGCCUGUGAUGUCCUCAUCAGGAACUACAAAUCAAAGUCCUAUGCAAAUUAUUCAACCCACCACCAGCGAAGAUCCAAAUACCAAUGUUGCCCUGAAUACAUUUGGGGCUUUGGCCAGCCUCAAUCAAAGCAUAUCCCAGAUGGCUGGGCAAAGCUGUGUGCAGUUGUCUAUUAGCCAGUCUGCUAAUCCCCAGACUUCUGCAAACAGUCAAACCAGCCCCACUAACUGUGUUUCACUAACAACAACUGUAGCACCUACCAUGACAGCAGAUAAUUCAGCCACACUAUCCACUACUUACAGUCUUACAACAGCUUCCUCAACAAACACGGCCACUUGUUUGCCCUCUACCAUGAAAUCGAAAAGACUGAGCAAGAAGCCAGGUGCCAAGAAACACUUAGCAGCUAACAAGCCAGCAUGUCCCCUGAAUUUAGUCAGAGAUGUGGGCAAGAUAGACAGCCCCCAAAUAGACAGCUCAGCAGAGCCAUCAUGUAGCGAUGGACUGCUGGACAGCCUUCCUGGUGGCCUAUCGUCUGUCGCUGGGUCUCAGGCAAAGAGUGUUAGUAUUUCUGCUUCACAUUCUUUGGACAUUCUGAAUUCUGAAUCAGUAAUCCCUGAGUCUGACCCCAAAUCUAAGUCAGCAGAAGACUGUAGUUCAUCCUCUCGGGAAUCUGAAACAAAUGAACAACUUGUAUUGGCACCGGCAAAAUCCAAAGAUUCUACUCCCAUUUUGCAAGAGACAUCUCAGGGUACACAAUCAUGUUCUGUAGCAUUGUCCAGUGAUACAAAAUCCUGUACUUCAGCCAAUGUGUUGACUUCAUCUUCUAUGGAAUCCCAGAGUUUGGUUUCUCAGGUUUCUGGUAUGUCAUCCACUACAAACACUUCAAGCACUGAUUGUACUUCUGAGGUAGAAAUUGUGACAGAACCUUGCCCAGUUCAGCAGGAUUCAUUGGACACCAUACAAACAGCCGGGCCUUUAAAGGUACAAGGACUAACUAUGUUGCUGUCUGACCUUGCUAAAGAAAAGGACCUUCAGAGGUCAUCUCUCUCAGUCCAGAUGGAGCAUUCUGACUUUUCUCCAGAAAGUUCUAAGAUAGGUGAUUCUAAUGUUGACUUGCAUCCCAAGCAGGAGCUACUACUCAUGAGCGAUGACAGAGAUCCGCCACAGCCCCACUCCUGCCUCCCUGAUCAGGAGGUUAUUCAUGGCUCUUUGCUCACCAGUAGGCAGGCUGACUCUCCUAUGUCAACCAGCUCUGGCAGUAGUCGUAGUUUCUCGGUUGCAUCCAUGCUUCCUGAAACAGCUCGAGAAGAUGUGAUCAGCAGUACAACAACUAACACAUGCGAUGGUUGCACCUUUGCAGAGCAAACUGACAUUGUGGCCCUUGCGGCAAGAGCUAUCUUGGACCAGGAGAGCAUUGAGAAGGGAAGGCUUGGCACACAGGCUGAUGUGAAGGAGGUCACUCCAAAGUCUUCUGAAACCUCUUUAGAGGGAGAACAGCCCUUUAAACCACAGAUCCACAAGGAGACCUGCACGGGACAGGCAGAUCCAACACCAAAUAAAUUUAACUCUCAGGAUUCUGUGGAAGUGACAGUCGAUAGACCUCUUGGAAAGCCAAGCUGUUCUCUGGGAAUUAAAGCAUCAGAUGCCCCCUUACAGGUGUCAGCCCCUCAGCCGCCUAGUCUCACCCAUCAGAGCAGCAUCAGCCAUCCUCUGGUCAGCUGCGCCGGUCUGUCACAGAGCUCAGAUCAAACUUCUAAUCCUGUGACCGUCAAUAUGACUGUUUCAUCCAGUUCUUAUGGCAGCCAGCCUCCUGUGCCACCUCUGAUGACAGAAUAUCCCCAGGAACAGCUGAACAGCAUGACUAGCGCCAUACCAAAUCCACAGGUUCAAGAACCGCUUUCAAAGCCUAGUCAUGAAAGUCGUAAAGAUUCUGCAAAGCGCGCUGUGCAAGAUGACCUUUUACUAUCUUCUGCAAAACGUCAAAAGCAUUGCCAGCCAGCCCCUCUCAGGCUUGAAAGUAUGCCCCUGAUGAGCAGGACUCCAGACAACAUUCCUGAUCAAACUCAAAUGAUGGCGAGUCAGAUCACCCCCAACUCUUCAAACUCAGUUGUACCUGUUAGCAACCCAGCACAUGGAGAUGGCCUUACACGGUUAUUCCCACCUGGUAACAACUUUGUGGCUCCUGCAUUGAGGCAGACAGAUGUUCAGUGUAACUCUCAGCCUUCAGUUGCUGAGCAACAGCAGCAAACCCAGGCAGGUCAACAUCUGCAGGCACUGCAGCAGCAUGUACCACCUCAAGGAGUGUCUCACCUUCACACCAACCAUCUGUAUAUCAAGCAGCAGCAGCAACAAGCAGGGCAGUUAAGAGAGAGGCAUCACUUGUAUCAGCUGCAGCAUCAUGUGCCUCACACAGAUAACACUGUCCACCCCCAGCCCCAUAUUGUGCACCAACAGAGAACUCUACAGCAGGAAGUUCAGAUGCAGAAGAAAAGGAAUCUCGUUCAGGGAACUCCUACAUCUCAGCUAUCCUUACAACCAAAACACCACGGGACUGACCAGUCAAGACCCAAGAGUAGCCAGCCACAUCCUCACCAUCAACAGAUGCAGCAACAGCUGCAACACUUUGCAAGUUCCCAGCCAGAGAAGAGCUGUGAAAACCCUUCAACUAGCCGGGGCCACCAUAGCCAUGCCCAGAACCAUCUCAAUCAGGACGUUCUUCACCAGCAACAGGAUGUUGGAAGCAGACAGCAGGGUUCUGACCACGUAUCUGGGCAUAAUCCAAUGCAGAGGCUUUUACCAUCAAGAGGCUUAGAGCAGCAAAUGGUGUCCCAACCAAGUAUUGUGACUCGGUCUUCAGACAUGACCUGUGCUCCACACAGGCCAGAGAGAAACCGAGUGUCGAGUUACUCUGCCGAAGCACUCAUUGGAAAGUCGUCUUCUACUUCAGAACAGCGAAUGGGCAUAGCGAUCCAGGGUUCCAGGGUUUCAGAUCAGCUUGAAAUGAGAAGCUAUCUUGACGUUCCCAGAAAUAAGAGCUUGGUACUUCAUAAUAUGCAGGGUCGCAUGGAUCAUACUGUCACCUCAGAUAUCCGCCUUUCUGACUGCCAGACAUUCAAACCAGGUGGAGCCAGCCAACAGCCCCAGAGUAAUUUUGAAGUCCAAUCUUCAAGAAACAAUGAAAUAGGUAACCCCGUGCCAUCACUGAGAAGCAUGCAGUCCCAGGCUUUUCGAAUUAGUCAGAACACUGCUCCACCACCAAUAGACCGACAAAAGAGAUUACCUUAUCCACCAGUUCAGAGCAUCCCAACAGGAAAUGCUGUCCCACCAAGGGACAGUGAGAAUACAUGUCACCAGAGUUUCAUGCAGAGUCUGCUUGCUCCUCAUCUUGGUGAUCAGGUCAUUGGGAGUCAAAGGUCACUUUCAGAACAUCCAAGGAAUACACAAUGUGGUCCAUCUUCAACAAUUGAGUAUAAUUGUCCCCCAACUCGUGAAAGUGUUCAUAUCAGGAGAGAGAGUGAAAGUCAGAAUCGGGAGAGUUGUGACAUGUCUUUAGGUGCAAUUAACCCCAGGAACAGCACUUUGAAUAUUCCUUUCUCGAGUUCCUCUUCCUCUGGGGAUAUUCAAGGUCGAAACACAAGUCCCAAUGUUUCUGUACAGAAGUCCAAUCCCAUGAGGAUUACUGACAGUCAUGGGGCCAAGGGCCACAUGAACCCUCCUGUCACAUCCAACAUGCAUGGGGUUGCAAGGCCAACUUUGCCACACCCAUCUGUGUCUCAUGGGAAUGCUGACCAAGGGCCUCCUGUGCGUCAGGCUAACUCUUCAGUUGCCCAGAGAUCGAGACAUCCCCUGCAGGACAGCAGUGGCUCCAAAAUCCGUCAGCCUGAAAGGAAUCGUUCUGGAAAUCAAAGGCACAGUAAUGUCUUUGAUCCGAGUCUUCCUCAUCUUCCUCUCUCCACUAGUGGCAGUAUGAUUCUUGGACGGCAACAACCUGCUGCAGAGAAGAGAGGAAGUAUUGUUCGCUUCAUGCCUGAUAGUCCACAAGUACCUAAUGAUAAUUCGGGUCCUGACCAGCAUUCGCUGUCACAAAAUUUCGGUUUUCCUUUUAUUCCUGAGGGUGGUAUGAACCCACCAAUAAAUGCUAACACUUCCUUCAUUCCACAGGUCACUCAGCCCAGUGCCACCCGAGCUCCAGCUCUCAUCCCAGUAGAUCCCCAGAACACUCUACCUUCCUUCUACCCACCAUACUCCCCAGCUCAUCCCACUCUGUCCAAUGACAUUUCAAUCCCUUAUUUUUCUAACCAAAUGUUCUCCAAUCCUAGCACAGAGAAAGUGAACAGUGGAAGUUUAAAUAACCGGUUUGGGUCAAUUUUAUCUCCUCCCAGACCUGUCGGCUUUGCUCAGCCAAGUUUCCCUCUUCUCCCCGAGAUGCCGCCAAUGCACAUGGCCAACUCUCACCUAUCCAAUUUUAAUAUGACGUCAUUGUUUCCGGAAAUAGCGGCGGCUCUUCCUGAUGGCUCAGCAAUGUCACCUUUGCUCACCAUAGCAAACUCUUCUGCCUCUGACUCUUCCAAGCAGCCCUCAAACAGACCUGCUCACAACAUAAGCCAUAUCUUAGGUCAUGACUGCAGUUCAGCUGUUUAAAUCCAGAGAAACUAACUGUGAAGGUUUCAGUUAAAAUGACAACUGUUCUGUGUACACAUGUGCAUUGAGAGAGCUUAUGUGGAUAUGUGUCUUUGUAUUGGAUAACCACUUUUCAUUUAGCUCCUGACUAGAAGGAAGCCAUGUGAGAGAGGAUGCGUACACCAUGGCUGUCAGAACAGUCAUCUUCCAUUCCUGAGUGACGUGCUUUCUUUAACCUUCUAAGUGAUCUCCCUCUCCAGGCUUGAUUUGUAGUCUUUUAUUUCCUAAGUACUAAUCAGCCAGAAGUUGAAGAGAUCUUGGCACAUGCUAGGUUGUAGGAGGGAGCUGAGAUUUUAAGCUCAGUUGUUGAGAAGUUGUAAAAUAGAUAGUUGAGAUGGUUAAGUUGCAAAUCCAAAAGUAAAAGCAACUUGAAAGAAAUCAUCAGUCAUCACAGGUGCUUGCUGAUAUCAAAUCAGUUCUGAACCAUGGCAAGUAAUGAGUUAAUGAUGAGUUGAAUUCCCAUAAGGAAAAAUAUCAGGCAGAUAGAAAAUAAAUGAAGUGUUUGAUCAGCUUUCAUUCCUGAGCUUUGAUACAGAGAUUUCUUUCUUAAUUAUAAUUUUUAAUAAACUACCUAAUUUUAUGUCUUGUUUUUCAGAGUAGGGGAGCCACAUUCUCCUUUAAUGUGCCAAGAUCCUGUAAAGCAAAAGUCUUCCUUAGACAAUGAGCCUUAAAAAUACAAAGCUAAGACAAAAUACAGAAAUAUUUUCCACUUAGUACUUGGGUUUUGCAUUAGGCCAAAGAAUAACAGCAGUUGUAUUGUGGGUUUUCCUGGUGUCAGUUAGUAACUAGUGCUUCAUCAGUUAAGUUCAUUUAGUAUUCUCUCUUCAUUCUAUUUAUUUGGUCUUGAAAUACAUCAAUUUACAAUCACUUAAAUGUUAGAACUGCUUAGUAAAUGUGCUUAGAAGAUACAUCUGAGCCAUUUGGAUACUUCAGAGUAGAGUUUUAAGCUGUCUCAAUAUUUUCAUUUGAUGAUUAUUUAUAUUAAAUAUGGCAGUGUAAAUUAUUGUCCUUCAUAACAGUUAUAAUAAGAAAAUGAAUUCAUUAUUUUUCUUGUAGGUAUGAAAUGGUGCUUCACAAAAAUACCUUCACUAUGUGUGUCUGCUCAUGAGUGAGAGUGGGUGUGGAGAUGGUUUUCAAGUAGAGACUGGUCCUCACUGUUGGAUAUGUAUUUAUCAUGUGUAUUUAUCAUGGUUUUCAGGUAGAGACUGAUCCUCACUGUUGGAGAUGUAUAUCAUAUACGCAUGUAUAUUUAUCAUGUUGCACAUGAUAAAUUGAUAUAGUCUUGUCUCAGUUGGAAAUGAACAAAUUGGAAAUGAAUGUGGAACUGCCGUGUGCAGUGGGCAGUUGUGACUUGCUCUGAAAGCACCAUUCUCAAUCCUCCUAAGGCUGCGCCCCUUUAACACACUUCCUCAUGUUGUGAUGACUCCCAACCAUAACAUUUAGUUUCAUUGCUAUUUCAGAGCUGUAAUGUUGCUACUGAUAUGAAUUGUAAUGUAAAUAUGUGAUUUUGGAUGGUCUUAGGUGACCCCUGUGAAAGAGGGGUUCAACCCCCAAAGGUUGAGAGCCCCUGUUCUAAAGCAUAGGAAAACACAAAUGUAGAUUUUUUUUUUUAGGUCUCUCAAACAUUACAUCCCAACUGCAGUUCUCCAGCCCCACCCACCUCCCCUCUCCCCCAGAUCCAGUCAUUCUCCUAAAACAAAUAAAAUUUAAAAAAAAAAAAAAAAAAAAAAAAGCAGGCCACCCAGAGACAUCAGCUGAACACAGCAUAAAUUACACCAGGACUAGGCACAACCCUCAUUUUCAGGCCGGAUGAGGCAACCCAAUAGGAGGAAAAGGGUCCCGCUGCCCAAUGUAGAUACUUUUUUUAACCCCAACGAAUCAGCAAUAAAUUUUAAACAUAUUGAAUCUUAAGAAGCAAAGCUAAGAAAAAAUUGUACUGAUUUUUUUUUUUAAAUCGUUUAAACUCAUAGCUUUCAGUUGUCGCUACACUGUUAAGAACUGAAUAGAGGGAGAGGUACACAGAAUGGGCCUGUUGGCUCUUCGGAAGCAAGCCCAAGGACCCGCAGAGGUUUCAGUUUUGAAGGGUUUUUUGUUUGUGUUUGUUUUGAUUUUUUGUUUGUUUGUUUUAUUUUGUUUAGUUUUGUCUUUUUGGUUUACUUUCUUUUUAGACUAAGAAAGCUGCCCAGGGCCAAUCAGAGCAGUUACCACUGAAUGCCUUUGUAAAGGCUCAGCAAAAGGGUUGCUUGUGCCUGGUCACCUUCUCACCAAACCCUCUGUUUCUGCUGCCCUUGAAAAUCACCCCUCCUGGUGAACGAGGCAAACCUGUGCUUCUUCCCUGCAUAGUAUUCCUGGGGGCGGGGAAGGGGGCGGGGGAGAAGAGAACUUCACAAGUGCAUUACUUAAUAUGUGGACACCAUAGUAGGACAGCUACUGAGGGGAAGAGAACAGUUGCUUUUAGGCAUGAAUAUUCAGCGUUUUCUCUGUACUUGAAAAGCCCAGCCUGCCAGCUUAACUAAGGUAGUGUUCUGUAUAGCCAGUCAUCCCUGUCCCACCUUCUCUUCUUGGUGGCUGUCUGCCUUUCACAUAUGUAUCCUCACAUCAUGGUGGCUCUUGAGUUCUGAAGUACAGACUUGCUCCGUUUAAACGAAGAUAACGUGACAACGUUGAGGUCUGUGUUGUGUUUCUGGGUCAGGGAUCUUGCCAUGUGGUCCAGACUGGCCUGGGAUUCUUGGGCAUAAGCAGGGCUUCCACCUGAGCCUCCUAGGUGGCCAGGACUAGAGAUGCACUCUGCCACCCUGCUGAGAAGCACCACUUGAGAUUGCAGCCCAAGAGUCCUAGAACCUGUUGCUACUUUGGGUUAAUUUUUGUUUGGGCGACUGGCCGCAGCUCAGCUCUGCGCCUACACCACUGCGCCAGGGCUUUCACGGUGAGAAGACUGUCCGGUGAUGCUGUCUGGCCCUCAGCUUUUUGUGACCAUCUGGAGAGCGACGGAAAGGCCUGCAGAUUAUUAGGCUCCCGCUCACAUUGGCUCUAAACAAAGAUGCAGUGCAUUUGCGUGUCAGAUCAUUGCAAACAUGGGCAAAGAUGAGAAAGAGUUCUCACUGUGCUCCUGCCUGCUUUAAAAGUCUGGGUACCUAUCACGACUGCUUCCUAAGUGAGAGUCAUUGAUUGGAUCAUUUUGUUCUAACUAUUGAUCACAUAGAAACAGUGAAAGUGCUCGUUUCCUCUCAGCGUUCUGCAGGAAGUUCUAAGGAAGUGGAGAUUUUUAGAUUUCUCUAUGUAAACUUCUUCAGUGAGUUUUAUAAAUGUAUCAGUCACAGAUGAAGUAAAUCCAUUUUAAUGUUUUAAAUAGACAUUGGAUUUGUACAAGUCAUAUUUCUCCAGAUGUUACAGAUUUGAUUUUACUAGAACAGCUCUGAGUUGCCAGAUGCCACUUCCUCUCUGAGGUGAUGGCAGGAUUUCCACAGUGGUGUGAUUUCGGGAGUCUGAGGGACCCAAACUCUGGGCAGAGAGGUAGAGAUGUCUGCUGCAGUCGCAGACACAGACAAGAAGUAUGCGGAGCUGCAAUGAAAGUUAGCCAUUUAAAUCUGCCCUUUUAAAGCACACAAUGGGUUAAGCAUUUUACAGGGCUUCCUUUGCCUUCCUCUGGCCGUCUAGUAUUAACCAUCUCAGAGAGAGGCUCAAACUUACACUCCAAAGAAGAUGUAGAAGCACUUUCUAAUGGAAACAUUUAAAAUAUUAAGAAAGGAUUGAGACUUGCUUCUAUGCUGCUUCUUGGCUUUACCUUUCUGUCACACAGGCAUGUAGGCUCCUGGGCUCUUUUAGCAGUUCCACAUCAAAUAGAUGGCAGGCAUCCCAGGCCAUGUCCCUGGGAUAGAGUUCUCCCCGAGUUAGAAUAUGAUGGGGCCAUCCUGUUAGAUCAGUGUGUCGUAGUGAGGCCCAUGUUUUACCUUUGCAAACCUUUAUGCCUCUUUCUUAAAGGGCAACAAUUCCUCAAAAAUGCCAUUAGUUAGUUUAAAGCUUGACUUUUGAGAUUUUUGUAUGUGGGAAUAACUACAUUCCUUGGCUCGGUGGAUUUUUCCCCUGUGGUGGAAGAAAAGGUAAAUGUGGUACUAAAAUGGAAUAGCCUUCAGUUCAUAUCCUCAGCUGCCUGAGAGUCACGGCAAUCCUGUGUGGGUACUAACUACCUGGAGGAAGUGCCUGUGGCUGUUACAUAGGUAGGGCAACAAAUGACCAGAGUGUGGGCUUGCUCUCUGGUGAUUUUGCAAUGUGCAUAUGCAAACUAGCUUCUUUUAGAGAUUCCUUUCGAGCUGGAUGUUAGCAUUUUGUUUUCCUUCCCCCAAAAUUCUACCAAAAUCUGCAUUCUGCUCCUGCUGCUGAAUUAUGUAGUGAAAUCUAAACUGUUUUUAGUAGCUCCUGUGGGGCUCACCACACUCAGAUGGAGCCGGUCCAGACAGGCUGGGAGACCACAUGUAGGACCUUGGACUCAGAGCUUCUGCUUCUGAUGACAUGCCUCUGCCCUGGUACUGCACUCUACCUGAAACUGUGCCUCUGAUCCUGAGACCAGAUCCCAGAACAUAUCACAUAUCCAGCCCUGUGUUGCAGCAAAGGAGCUCCAGGGAUGGCACAUGCCCUGUAGUCGAACACCUCAUAGACAAGUACAGUUGCUGCUUCUCCUCAUUCUUGCCUUAGCACCCAUGAGCCACCGAUGACGGUCACUGGCGAGUUGUGUAAACAGCCUGUGCUGAGCCUAUAAACAGAGCGUAUGUGGCAGGUAGUCCUUCAAUGUCCUCAUUUCUACAUUUACAUAAACUACCUGGUAAUCUUUCCUUUGGGCACAUAUAUGUUGUCAGGUGCUUCAUAAACACAAGUCUACUUAGGUUGAGAAGAUUAGGCAAGUUCCUCUGGAUGAAUGCAUAACCCACCAUUAGAUUCCAUGAAACAUGGACAAACCUCUCUUGUAAUGUAACACACUUUUUUUUAAAAAAAAUAAAAAAUAAAAAGAUGAUCUUUAACUUUUUGGGCCCAGUUGUGUGUACAGCUGUACAUGCAGUAUCUAAUAGGAAAUUAAAGCUCGAUCCAUUUAACUUUGUCUUCACGUUUUCUGAGGCAUCUCUGCCCUCCUGUUUCUGAAGUCUUAAAGUCAUUUUCAUCUGCAGGGUCUCUGAGCACAGAGCUUGACUAUAGUGGUGAAUGUGUGGGGUGUUGAACUGUUAGCUUCUAAGAAGGGACCAGACAGUGUGGCUUAAUACGCUGCAGUCGUGUUACUGUGAAGGAAAAUUCUUCCACUUUCAGCAGGUGUGUGUGUGUGUGUGUGUGUGUGUUGUGUGCGUGCUCACAUUUUGUGUGUGUUCAUUUUGGCUUUUUAAAAAUGUUGAAAAUUGAGGAGAACUUGAUUACCUUCACAAAUUAUUUAUAGAUACACUGGGCAUGAUGCUUACUGUAGGCAGGCACCAGGGAAACAUGAGUUUAGUGCUCUGGUCGUGUAAUAUUUUGUCUAUGACCCAGCCAGCACUCUGCUGGGCACUGUGUCCUAUAACUGUAAAUCACAUGGUUUAUAAUGCUAAUGGAAACCGAUUUGUUUUGUAAUGGAAUACAGAGCAGAUGUAUAAUAGGAUCAGGAUUGUCCCACACUUGUAAAUAAGAAUGGGCCCUGUUUAUUUUGACAUCUUUUUACAAAUGCAUUGUAUUAGGAUGUGAAUAUUCCAAAACAUGCUCUUGUUUAAAGUUUUGAAAUUUUUAUUGUUAAAUGUAACAUUUUAAUGGUUGUAAUAAUUAUUUGUAUAGAUAUGAAUAUAGUAUUUUAUUUAAGAAAAUAAACUUUGCAAUUUUUGCAUUGUGAA